GCAUCCAAGGCAUUAAACCUCGGAACUGUUCUUACCCUUUUUGCUUCAUUCAUUUCUUCAUUUCAUUCCAUUUGUCGCCAUUUCAUUUCUCUUCAUUUAUCUCCCAUCAUUCUGCGUCUCGUUCUUGCCUUCAUUCUCCAUUCAAUCUCUCAUUCCAUCUCUUAAUCAUCGACUGAUCCGUUUUUACUUUUUUUCUCUGUAGCUCUGUGAGGCAGCAAAGAUAGAUCGCUAUGCCAAACCCAGUAAAUAGUGGUCUUCCUGGGAUCUUGAGUAGCAUCGACAUUUUAGCAACCCUUCCUACCGGUCUUCACAUAGAUUCAGCAAUAGAGCUAACAAAAUCAUUGUCACCAGGAAGUAUACUGCGCACAUUAAUCGUUGAUAACUACGACUCAUAUACGUUCAACCUGCUGCAGUUAUUUGAUCAGGAGCACCUUCAGCAGGUGGUGGUAAUCCGCAACGAUCAGUUUACAUGGCCCGAGUUUAAGCAGCAGAUCCUGCCUUUCUUUGAUCAGAUCAUCCUCUCACCUGGCCCUGGGCGUCCAGAACGUCCCCAUGAUUUUGGGAUCUGUGCUCAGAUCUUAGAAAAGUCCCGUAUCCCCGUCUUUGGCAUUUGCCUGGGUCACCAGGGUAUCGGUUGGAUACACGGCGCCAAAAUAACAUAUAGCCCAGAACCGGUUCAUGGACAGAUUGCUCAUAUUCAGCACAACGGUGCAGGGAUUUUCCAUGGAAUACCCCAAGAUUUCAAAGUAGUACGGUAUCACUCGCUUGUCAUCCAGGAGCAGGAUCUACCUGAUGACCUCAUAAUCACUGCUUGGUGUUACAGCACCCCGCUGAUCGCUGAUGAUACUACUAUCAGGAAGGACAAUACAUUCCGCAAUAAUUCAAAAGAUCGUGCUAUCUCAUGUAAUACGUGGGGGGAAAAGUCUAUUAUGGGUGUCAAGCACAGAUAUCUUCCACAUUAUGGUGUUCAAUUCCAUCCAGAAUCUAUCUGCACGCAAUAUGGUCAAAAGAUGAUGAACAACUUCUUUAUGCUCACACACGAGUUUUAUCGAGAGCAUAAACGAAAUAGCAUCGCUGGAUGCAUACCUGAUCAUGUCCGAGCGCACUCAGUGAUAGCCACAAAAUCACCUGCUGUCAUCCCCCAACCAAUGUUGACAUCUAGUAGUUUGAAGGAUAAUCCGCCCAGUCAAUAUAGCCUCUUCAUCCAUAUGCUGGAUCCUACGAUUUUUCCGGCACCCGAGAUUGUAUUUUCAUCCCUCUUCUUGACGGGACCUCGCUCCAAGGCCGCAGCCUGGUGGUUGGAUAGUGCGCGUCAGCCUCAUCCAAUGUCUCGGUUCUCUUUCAUGGGCGGCAUUGAAACCAGGCGUUGCUGUAGCCAGUCGUCAAAUGGAUAUCUAAAUACUCCUAGUGCAGCCCAAGCAGUGAUCCAAUACUCUACACUCCAUAGGGAGAUCUGCAUUCGUCACUACAAGAGGCAGUCCAAUGCUUCUAGUAUUAAGCGAGUAUACUUAAAUCAGAAUCGACGAUCGGCGCAUGGGGCAGCUGAAACAUUUUGGGAUUGGGUAUCACAGCUGAUGGCCGGCUUUAGUAAGGACGAUAUUGAAACCAUUUUAACCGGGCCUAAUGGUGAGCAACGGGACUUUGAAGAGGCGCCCUUUGACUUCUUUACAGGCAUGGUUGGAUACUUUGGAUAUGAGAUGAAGCGUGAGAGUUUGGAUGGGUACCAGACUCCAUUAGAACAACAAUGUCAAUGUGAUGGCCAUUCUGGACGUUCCGAAUGUUUUUGUACAUGUAAUUGCCUACGACAGCCUGAUGCGUCAUUUAUUCUAGCUACACAGGCUGUUGUAUUUGAUCAUGUCGAUAAGCGCGUUUAUGUAUUGGGAGUAGUGAAUAACCAGCCCGAAAAGUUGCAGAAAAACCUGGAGGCGCCUAUCGGAUUCUUGGAUCGCCAGGCUUGCGAUACUUGGAUUAAAGAGGUUACACGCUCCAUCACUCAUGUUGCAACGAUACACACUAAAGCGGGGAGCUCAGCGACAGGAGCUACUUUUUUACCCAGUGCGGCCAAAAGCGAUAAACCUUAUCGUCAACGUCGUCGAUCAUCUGUAAGCUUGUUGUCCCCAUUUAAAGUGGAUGUAUCGGAGGAGAACUACUUGAAGGCUAUUCGGGAUAGCCUUGACUAUAUUCAUGAGGGUGAGAGCUAUGAACUCUGCUUGACUACGCAGUUCAGAGCCAAAAUACCGUUACAUAAACAGUAUCAGGAGGAUCAUUUGGUCAACAGCGAUGAACAGCAAGGUGAUCCUGCAUAUGACUUGUAUAAGAUCUUACGGAAACUCAAUCCUGCGCCUUUUUCUGCAUUUUUGAGCCUCCCAAUAGCGAUGGACGAAGGAGUAGCAUUAAAAAGCCAAUACCUAAAUGGGCACAGCUCAGUUCCAGAAAAGAACGAGAUAGUUAGAAGGCUGGUCAUUCUCUCUUCCUCACCCGAGCGAUUUCUAAAAAUCGGACGUAUUUCUGAUGACAAGUUGACGACUCAAGAUGAUAAAAAUGCUUCAUGUUCACUUAGGACUGUUGAAAUGAAGCCUAUCAAGGGGACAGUAGCUGUUGCUAAAGGGUGCUUCUGCGAAGAAAAUGAAGGCUGCAAUAUCAGUCAGAGCACGGAUGGAGAACAUUUUGAAGACAUCGAAUUGUCGUAUCAAGGUGAUAAGACUUAUGCAAGCCACCGUUCCACCUAUGAUCGAUGCACAGAAGCGAGGAAACGCGAGAAUCAAAGACGGAUAGAUACCCUGUCAAACAAUGUGAAGGAGCGCGCAGAAAACCUAAUGAUCGUAGAUUUGAUCCGCAAUGACCUCGCACAUGUUUGCAGCUCUUAUUCCGUCAGAGUUCCUUAUUUGAUGAAGGUUGAGUCAUAUGAGACUGUGCAUCAACUAGUGACAACAGUGAGAGGCGAGCUCUUUGACCAUAUCGACAGCACGCAAACUGUUAGAGCCUGUUUUCCACCAGGGUCUAUGACCGGCGCUCCUAAAUUGCGCUCUGUUCAGCUUCUCGAUUCUCUUGAACAUCAUGUCAAACGCGGUGUCUAUUCAGGUUGUCUCGGUUAUAUCGGGAUUCCUGCCAGAGCAGCUUCUUCAGCGGGUGCUAACACUAAAUCACACAAAAAGGCCCGCUCUUCUACAGAUUUCGCGGUUGUUAUACGGACAGCAGUACUUUCCGUUGAGCCCAAUGUGGACAAUGAUGGGAAAAUGAUCCUUUCAGGAGAUCUCUCAGUCGGAGCUGGAGGUGCUUUGACAAUUUUAUCAGACGCGCAAGAAGAAUGGAAAGAGGUAUUGCUCAAAUCACGGUCUGUUGUUCCAAGUGUGCUAACAUAUUUGCACCAAAAAUAUUAAUAGCCAACACUUGAUCUUUAGAUCUUUAAUAUGUGGUCAGCAUCUCUCGUUUGGAUUGGCCUAAAUAUAACACGUUGUUUCAGACGAGUAAAAACUAAAUAUCCUGGUUAUUCGUUUAACCUUUUUAUAUAUGUAAUUCACUCUUUAUUGAUUUCAUUUGAGAGGAAGCUCUGCUUACUCAUGAAUACAUUGAGAGUGUAUGAAAUAAACAACGAUAAAUGAUGUGGCCUGCCAU